AUGUUCGUCUGGGUAUUAGGCUUAACUGGAACGAGUCUAUUGGUCCUUGGUGCUUCAAGUGGUCUCGUAUUUGCACCAUUACUCCCAUUAACAAUUGCUUUAUUUAAUCAACGGUCGAAAACCGCACCCAGGUUAUUGCCCUUUGUGUUUUUGGUAGUAGCAUCUAGUAUGAUCAUUUUUCAAAAAUUAGCUGGUCUUGUAAUGGGUUGGAAUUUCAAUCACUUUUCAACGCUGUUAGUUAGUUGUAUGCUAAUAUCCAUUUGUCUUUAUAUCGUAUCAAAUCUGGCCCAUUUUGCGUAUCAACGACAGCUUCCAAUACUAGAUUCACAUGGAGAACACGAAAUGGAUCGUUACAGCAAAAAUUAA